AUGACUGGAUCAAAAGCUCAUUCAUGGAAAAUACUUGUUUUAGGCAGAGAACACGAAUUAGCAGAAAAGGCUGAACAAUAUUUACAUGAAAUGGGUUAUAAAAAUAUUAAAGUUAUCAUAGUUGAAAAUGAUAAAGUCAAUGACGAUAAGUUAAUCGAAGUUCUCAAGAGUAAUGACUGGGAUGGUGUAUCUAUUGGUGGUGGAAUUAAUGGGUUUGAUGAUAGAUUUCCAAAAGAAGUAACAACUCUACAUUGGUUUAAUCGUCUUGUUAAUCAUGUUCUUGAGCACGCACCUAAUGCAAAACUUAUUUUGGUUGCUGGUACAGAUGAUCUAAUCGACUCAUACGAGCGAAUUCUUGGCUCUCUAGAAAAACCUAUUGAGACUAUUUAA